UGCCAUGGUAAUUACAGAAAGGCUGCUGUCCGCCCUGCUGCGGGGAGAGGAUCGCGGGAUCGCAGAAGAGGGCUGACUGCGCUUCCUGGUUUGUGAGCUGGAAUUAGAAUGGCCGUCAGUCCAGGAAGUGAUGUAGCUUUCUCCAGUCAGAAAUCAACGCGUUCAGAGAGUCCUCGAACCAAGAAGUUUCCGCUAACAGAAGAGGAGCUAUUUUAUAUGAAUUGUAGAGCUGCCUACUUAACUGUCUUCAAAAGCAGCUUAGAAAACAUUAUUUCUAAAGAUCAACUUUACUUAGCUCUUCAGCAUGCAGGAAGAAAUCCAUCCCAAAAGAUUAUCAAUAAGUAUUGGACUCCUCAAACUGCCAAACUGAAUUUUGAUGAUUUUUGUAUGAUUUUAAGGAAGGAAAAACCUACUUCAAAAGCAGAACUGCUAAAAUCAUUUAAGCAAUUAGAUGUAAAUGAUGAUGGCUCUAUUUCACAUACUGACCUUUAUAAAUUUCUAACAAAGAGAGGUGAAAAGAUGACUCGAGAAGAGGUAAAUGCCAUAAUAAGUUUGGCUGAUGUAAAUGCUGAUGGCAAAUUUGACUAUGUCAAGUUUUGUAAAUUAUAUAUGACUACAAAUGAGCAGUAUCUCAAGACUACACUAGAACAACUGGAGGUUGACAGUAAACUGAAGCGUCAACAGUUUGGAAGCCAUAUAGAAGGACCCCCUGAAAGGGACCCAUCACCAUUACCAAAACCAUCACCUAGAAUCAUAAGGAAAAUUGAUCAGGAAAUAUUAUCAAGUAAAGGUGACACCAGAAGUUCUUUACUGUCAACAACUAGAAAAUUCAAAACGUCUGUUUCCUUCACAAUCACCAUGCGUGCUAAUAGUAACCGAAACUCAAAGUUAACUGAGCCAAACUUAAUAAAGGACUGGCAAUGUGUACAAUCAAAAGGCUGCUUCUUCUUAGAAGAAGAUGGUGAAAUCGUUAGCCAUCAAUACAGGAUGCAAAUAGUGCAGAGGUCCAUGGUUUAUCUAACAAUUAAGCCAUUAAACCUGAGUCAAGUCGAAGGAAAACCAUCUCCUUGGUUAUCCAUUGACACUGCCUUAUAUAUUCUUAAAAAAAAUGAGAGCCAAGCAAAUCUACAGCUUGUGGGUUUUACUGAACUACGAAAUAGAGAAGUAUUUGGAUGGACUGGUGAACUAGGACCUGGAAUUUACUGGUUAAUUCCUUCCACAACUGGCUGUAGGCUGAGGAAAGAAAUGAAACCCAUAACAGAAGAAGCUCAGCUUGUGUAUAGAGAUGAAACAGGGGAAUUAUUUCUUACAAAGGAAUUUAGGUCAACUUUAUCAGAUAUAUUUGAAGUAAUUGAUUUAGAUGGAAAUGGUCUUCUUAGUCUUGAAGAGUAUAAUUUUUUUGAAUUGAGAACAAGUGGUGAGAAAUGUGAUGAAGAUGCUUGGGCCGUCUGCAGAGAGAAUUUUGAUACAAAGAAAAAUGAACUAACAAGACAAGGAUUUAUGGAUCUGAAUCUAAUGGAAGCCAAUGAUCGAGAAGGAGAUCCUCGUGACCUUUGGGUAACUCUGCAUUCAAUGGGAUACAAUAAAGCUCUGGAGUUGACAGAGGCAUGUCCAUUUGUCAUCGAUAUCUAUGCGGAAAAAUGUAAGCCAAGAAUUAAAGCUGUCCAUAUGGAGGCAUGCAGUGGGCAACUUGAGAAGGCCAUUUGUAAAUCUGUCCUUAACAAGGGCGAUGCCAAAGUAAUGGAUGGCUAUGAAAAUAUAAUUGUACACACUCAUAAUCGUGACACCUGGAUAACGUCAGUUAUUGAAAACAAGUCAGAUAAUAAAGUGAUCAUUCACAUCAAUAAUGAACUAAGUAAAAACUGUGUAAACAACAGAGGACUCAACAUAUUUGCAGUAGAAGUGGCACCAAAAUCUACCAUGGUUUGUCAGCAUGUGAUGCCUCUGAAUGAAAGACAAGAAUGGAUUUAUUAUUGUGUGUAUUCCCUUAUAUCUUAAAUAACUCUACUUGGAACUAUGACAAAAAGAAUUAUUUCAGACUUAGUCUGUAAUUUAUUAAUCAACUAAAUGCUAAUCAAUUUAUUGAUGUAUUUGAAUAAUUUGUUUCAUUUAUAUGUAUUUACAUAUUAUGUUCAUGCUAUAUACUUUAUUAUUACAAUAUAAAUGAUGUUUUUAAUGUGUGGUCCUAUUACUUUAGUGGAAAUCUAAGCACAAUUCACUUAUGAAUAGUAAGUCAAGAUAA